AUGGGCUUCAUACAUAUCGACCAUAUACGGGGCCAGCAUGAACAAGUGAAUGGGACAGUUGGUAUCUUGACCGAGGGUCAGGUCAAUGGUACCAGCGUCUGGUCGUUUAAAGUCACUGGCCUUGUUUCUGAUCACAUCGCCACGCCAACACGCAUGAAAGAGGAGAUCGUGCUUUUGGCCUGGCUCAUAGUCCUACUGCGGACGAGAGAAGACGGGCGCAUUGAUUUUGAAUGGGCAUAUAAACUUGAAGAAGAUGGCGCUGGACCAAAAUCAGCCAACAAACUGUCUACAGACGAAGUAUUGCCAAAAUUACAAAACACUGUUCGGGAAACUGCUUCUGCGAUUUCCCGUAGCAUUGGGAAAGUAAUGAGGGGUCCAGAAACCGCAAGCUCCAGUUUUGCGUCGCUCUUGUUGAGCACUUGCUCUAUGUCCGAACCCUCCGAGAGCGUUAAAGACGACGGCACACUCAAGAUCCAAGUGUCCUUUUCAAAUGGGGAUCUAAAUAUUCGUCCAAUCUGGCAUAAUGCCAGCGUCUUGCCAUAUACGAUUAAACGACACAUAGAAUCCCUGGUCGAUACCAUCGAAAUGUGUAUUGCCAGUCCCGGUAAAUCUAUCGAGGACUGUCUUCGGGUAACAACCCACGAUCUGAAUACGAUUUGGAGCUGGAAUCAUGAGUUACCUCCCAUCUACGACUUCUGCAUGCAAGACAUGAUCUCCGAACGAGCCCGAGAAUUUCCGGACAAGGAAGCUAUCUCAUCUUGGGAUGGUAUUUUGACAUACGGCGAAAUUGAUUGUUAUUCGACAUUCCUCGCAUCCACGCUUCGGGAUGCUGGUGUUGUACUUCAUGACUUUCUACCAGUAUGUUUUGAGAAGUCAAGAUGGACCAUCGUGGCCGUCCUUGCAGUGAUGAAGGCCGGAGGGACCAUCGUGCUUAUGGAUCCCACCCUACCUCUCGCUCGACUUCAAAACAUGGCAAAGCAAGUGAAUGCGAAGGCAAUGGUGUCGUCCGACAAGCAGCAGGAAUUGGCGUCAUCGAUCUUGCCAGAUGGGAAGAAAUUUAUUGUGGACGCGGGCAUCUUUUCACAUAUAUCGGAUUCCCAACCUUUGCCGAGUCUCCCUCCCGUACCGGCAUCUGCGUUGAUGUACAUUAUCUUCACUUCUGGAAGUACAGGCACACCGAAGGGAGUCAAGAUUUCCCAUCAAACCUAUACCAGCAGUGCUAUUCCACGAGCAGCGGCAGUGGGCUAUACACCAACUUCGCGAGUUCUUGACUUUGCAUCAUACGCCUUUGAUGUUAGUAUCGAUAGUAUGCUUUUGACUUUGGGGAAUGGUGGCUGCCUUUGCAUUCCCUCCGAUGAGGAUCGCCUGAACGACAUCAACGAAGUGAUCAGAAAGAUGAAAAUCAACUACGCAGGCAUCACCCCUUCGAUGGCUCGAAUUCUGGAUUCCGACGUCAUUCAGUCGCUGGAUGUUCUGGGCCUGGGCGGAGAGGCUGCAUCGGCCAGGGAUGUUACAGUCUGGGGUCAGGAUACCAGAAUUGUCAUUGGAUAUGGCCCUUGCGAGUGUACUAUCGGAUGCACCGUGAACAGCAGUGCUGCGACAGGCCGAGAUUAUAUUUCCAUCGGACCUGGCAAUGGUGCCGCCAUGUGGAUUGUCAACCCAGACGACCACGAAAUAUUGAUGCCGGUCGGAGCAGUCGGAGAGCUACUCGUUGAAGGCCCCAUUGUUGGACAAGGCUAUUUGAACGACCCCGAGAAGACUGCGGCCGCUUUUAUCCACGAUCCAUCAUGGCUUGUGGCUGGGCACACAGGCUAUCCCGGCAGACAGGGCCGUUUGUACAAGACUGGAGAUCUUGGUAAAUAUGAUCCCGAUGGUUCUGGAGGCAUCGUGUUUGUCGGGCGCAAGGAUACCCAGGUCAAGUUGCGAGGGCAGCGUGUGGAGCUUGGAGAGAUUGAAAGCCAACUCAAUGCCAGAUUGCCUUCCGAAACCACUAUUAUUGCCGAGGUGAUUCUACCGCAGGGAGCCGGUGGUCAGCCUACUCUGGUCGCAUUUGUUUCCUUCCAGGCGGCCAAGGGACAAGAACACCUGGGAAUCCAACCAGCCAACCUCCUUCCUGAGCAGGACCAACUGCUGUCUGAUGCCAAUGCAGAUUUGACGAAGGUUCUGCCACGAUAUAUGCUCCCGACAGCAUAUAUUCCUGUCAAUUACAUUCCCACCCUGAUUUCUGGAAAGACAGACCGCAAGCGACUCCGGCAAUUCGGUGGCACUGUCGAUUUGCGAGAACUGGACCAAGACGCUAUGAAGGCCGCCUCUCGGGAGAUGACAAGCCUUGAGAAACGCCUCAGGCAAGCCUGGGGUGUAGCAUUGAAGGCUGACCCAGAGGCUAUCCGACUAGUGGACAACUUUUUUGCACUCGGUGGCGACUCCUUGGCUGCAAUGCGUCUUGUUUCAAUCUGCAGAGAACAAGGCCUUGACCUCUCCGUCACUAGCACCUUUGGCAACCCAGCCCUUUCAGCUAUGGCCGGAGUGGUGGGCAUCUGCGACAGACGAGCAAGAUCUGAGACUGCAGCAUUUUCAAUGAUCAUCCAACCCGUCGAGAGUGCUUGCAUCGAGGCGUCACAGGCUUGUGGACUGGAUCAGGGUGCCGUUGAGGAUAUCUACCCUUCGACACCCACGCAGGAAUCUCUGUUCACCUUUUCGCUCAAAUCAGUCAAAGCAUACGUUGCGCAAAGAGUCGCAUGCAUUCCCUCACAAAUUAGCCUUGAUGCCUGGAAGAAAGCAUGGGAGGAUGUUGUUGUGGCGAGCCCCAUCCUGCGCAGCCGCUUGGUGCAACUUCAAGAUCCUGGCCUCCAGCAAGUUGUACUAAGGGAAGGCAUUGACUGGAAGCAUUCCGUCAACCUUAGUCAGUAUCUUGACGAGGAUCGCAGUGAGAAGAUGCACCUUGGACAGAGUCUCGCUCGAUAUGCCAUUGUGGACGAUUCCACUGAUGGUAGGCGUUACAUGGUUUGGACAGUUCAUCAUGUCCUUUAUGAUGGAUGGUCGGAACCAGUCAUUCUUGAGAAGGUUCGCAAUGCACUGGAGGGUCAACAAAUUGAAAUUAAAGCACAGAUGAAGGAUUUUGUCAAAUUCGUGCGCAGUACGGAUGAAGUCGCCAUGCACGAUUUUUGGCGACAGGAGUUGAACGGUGCGGUUGGACCUCAGUUUCCUCGUCUGCCCUACCGAGACUACUUGCCCACUCCGAACGCCACGGUUGAACGGAUUAUAACCCUUCAGGCUGGCACUGGGUCGCCGUUUACACUGGCCACCUUAAUUCGGGGCGCAUGGGCUCUUGUCGCGUCUCAAUACACUCGCAGUGAUGACGUCGUAUUUGGAGAGACCCUCACCGGCCGUGACAUCCCGCUCCCAGGAGUUGAAGGGAUUGUUGGUCCGCUGAUUGCAACAGUCCCGAUUCGCAUUCAUGUCGAUCGAAACAGCACUGUCGAGUCAUAUCUGCAGAGCGUGCAGCAAAGCAUCCUGGUGCGUACCCCUUAUCAGCACAUGGGAAUGCAGAACAUCAGAAAAGUCAGUCGAGAUGCUCAGCAUGCAUGUGAAGCUGGCACAGGCCUAGUAGUCCAGCCAGAGCCGGAGUACGAAGGCAGCGACCUCGGUUUUGAACACGGGGACGUGGUCCGCGAAGCUCUUCAUUUUAACCCCUAUCCCCUGAUGCUGGGUUGUGGCAUCCGAAAGGCAGGGUUCAGGGUCUGCGCAAGCUUUGACAGCAGUUUGGUUGAAGUAGCACAAAUGGAGCGGAUCCUGGCACAGCUCGAAGUGGCUUGCUCUCAGUUGACGAAGGAUCCUUCCAGAAAGAUUGACCAGAUAUCCUGCCUCCCCGAGGCGGAGUUGAGUCAAAUCUGGCGACAGAAUAGGAUUGCACCAUUGUCUUUGGACGAGUCCUCCGGAAAGCUUCGGGCAAAUGAAGAUAUCAAGCAAGGAUCGGUCUACCCUCCCUCGAUCGUUCAUUGGGUAUGCGAUCCACGGAAUUCAUCACUCUUGUCACCGAUCGGCUGUGCCGGUGAGCUUUGGUUGGAAGGCUCUUUCCUUUCCGGCGAGACUGUUGAGUCGCCUCCCUGGUUGCUAGCUGGAAGCUCAGAGAUCUCUGGUCGUACGGGAAAGAUACAGCCAACAGGCGAUAUUGUCCAGCAGCAAGAAAAUGGUAGCCUGAUAUAUGUCGGUCGCAAGGAGAACAUCGUGCCGGUUCAGGGCCAUGCGGUAGAUAUCACGGAUCUGGAAACGUAUUUCGCGAGACAUCUCCCGUCCUCGACUCGUGCAGCCGCAGCCGUAUUUCAAUCAUCGGAGGAGUUGGAUCGGACCUCGGGGCUGAAAUUGGCCGUGUUUGUUGAGAGCCAGCCUUCCGAGGGCGACACUGUUGAGCUCACAUCGGAGAAGCUUGAUAUUGUUUGGAACACAUCGGAUCCUCCAAGUCUCAAGACGACCGUUUGUGCUGUGGCGUCAGCCACCCUAGUCGUGGCUUUGAAGCGUCUCGACAAAUUCUUCCAAGAUUCACUUCCAACCCACAUGGUUCCCUCGGCAUAUGUUCUAGUUGACAAGUUGCCCGCCAAUCACAACUUGCUAAAUCAGCUGGCCUCCAACAUUCCUUCCCAGGUACUCGCGCAACUACAUCAAGGGCUACAGGAAGCGUGGAAGAAGACCUUUGCACAAGCAAACCUGACCGGCUCUGAGAAUAUCCUACGGUCCUCCUGGGCAAAGAUACUUGGAAUGCACGCCGAGCAAAUCGAUGUCGAUGACAACUUUUUCCGCCUGGGUGGCGACUCCGUUCUGGCAAUGAAGCUAGUUUCUAGCCUUCGUGCCCUGGGUCAUAUUUUGACUGUCGCCGAUAUCUUCCAGCAUAUGCGUCUUGGUGACGCAGCAAAAAGGUUGAGAGUGGCACAGUCGCCACCGGUUCACGCUCAGCCGUACAAGCCUUUCACGACCUUAGGAUCAGUAGACACCCAGCGUUUCUUGUCGGACGUUGUUCGACCAAAGCUUGCUGAUCUAACUUGGUCGAUUCAAGACGUGUCGCCUGUCACGGAUACCCAGGCCCUCGACGUCAGAGGUACCAUCCAGGCCCCGCGGACUUCUAUCCAAUACAAUAUGUUGUUCUUUGAAAAUGGUAUUGAUCGGCAAAGAUUGUUCCAAGCCUGCAGAGACCUGGUCAAGACCCACGACAUUCUACGAACUGUGUUCAUCGAAGAGAACCGUCGUCUUUUCCAAGUUGUUGUGAAGGAGCUAGAUGCUCCUGUAAUCACGCACUUGACUGACCAAGAUCUUGAACCAUUUGUCAAUCGCCUGUGUGUGGAGGAUAUUGAGUCCGACUUCCAAUUGGGAUCACCAUUCUUCAAGUUCCUCCAUGUCGCAGGUAAUGAUGGACAAGAAUGCCUCGUCCUGGGUCUAUCUCAUGCGCUAUAUGACGGAAUGUCAUUGCCCAGGAUGCUCCAAGAUUUGGAGACGCUGUACCUAGGAAAAAGCGUUAUUGACUUUGAGCCAUUCUCCUCUUACAUGGCGCGGGUUUGCGAUGUCCGCUUCCAGACCAAAUCCCUCGGCUACUGGAGUACUCUGCUCAACGGCUCAUCCUUGUCUGUCUUGACCGGGACGUCCUUCCAGCAGGGGGACAAGGGUGUGUUCAAGUCCAAGGCUGUUGAUUCAUUCCGGCCCCUUGCAGACAUUACAACUGCCAAUCUGCUGACCGCCGCAUGGGCUCUGCUUCUGGCUCGCCGCCUGCGAAAGCUGGAUGUGACAUUCGGAGCUGUUACUUCCGGUCGCAUGAUUGAUCUGGCCAAUGUGGAAAACGUCAUGGGUCCGUGCUACCAGCUCACUCCGAUCCGAGUUCAGUUCCAGCCCAAUUGGACAGCGAUGAACCUCUUGCAAUCUGUUCAGAAACAGAAUUCCGAGUCUGCUGCCCACGCCUUUCUCAGUUUUGAGAAAAUCGCCAAGCAGUGCACAUCGUGGUCGUCAGAGAGACGAUCAUUUGACUCCAUCGUCCAUCAUCAAGACUUCGACGACUUUGAUACGAUGCCUUUCGCUGGGGGUUCUUGCAGGGUUGAUAUCUCCAACCCUCAUGGUGAUGCCCCGGAUCCGUUUAAGGCCGUGUCGUAUGUACGGGGUGGUAAGGUGCAUGUCGGAGUCGUCGGCAGUGAAAGAGACCCGACGCUCAUUGGGACCAUUCUUGAUGAAUUGGCUGCAGCCGUUUCGGAGCUUUCAGCGUGCUCUCCGGAUGGUUUGCUUGAUGUUCAAAUGUUUUAG